UGGAUUGUCAUUCAGCAGAGGAUUGAUGGCUCGCAAAGUUUCAACCAAAAUUGGAACACGUACAAGACUGGAUUUGGAAUCUACAACAAAAACUUCUGGUUUGGUUUGGAGAAGAUGCAUCGGUUAACGACAUGGGCUGAUUACAGGUUGAGAUUUGAAGUGCUCAUCAACGGUGUUUGGCACUCUGAUGAAUAUGAUCAUUUCACGAUCAAUUCAGAACUGGAAAAAUACUCCCUCUUCGUCUCGGGCUACAUUGGAGAUUAUUGGGACGUUUUGAACUACCCGUCCAACCGCCAAAAUGGGAUGAAGUUUUCAACUCCAGAUCAGGAUAACGACGUGGCAUCAACCAAUUGUGCCCUGGAGCAUUCAGCAGGAAACUGGUUCAAUUGGUGUUAUUGUCAAAACCUCAAUCACGUGUAUGGCUCGCAACAAUUCAGUUACGGUUACUCUCCCACCGUCACCUACUGCAGAAUGAUGGUGAAGCGUAACGCGUAA